AUGGAAAACAUACAAUUUAUCUCUGAUUUACAUCUGGAUGAACCCUUCUGUUCAGAAUAUUUCCAGUCACACCCAAUUCGUGUUAUGGCUAAAUACCUUGUUGUUAGUGGUGAUUUGUGUGACCAUGACUCUUUAAAUAAUGUUCAAUGGUUUUUUGAUUGGUGUAGUAUAAAUUAUGAACAAACAUACAUUCUUUAUGGCAACCAUGACUGUUUCGGCAUAACUAAUUUAGAACAACUAAUGAGUGGUUGGAAUAAAAGUGUCCGCUCAAAUGUUCAUUAUGUAAAUAACUCUAACAUACUGAUCAAUUCAACAGAACUGUUCUUCACUACAUUAUGGAGUGAGUUAGAUAUCAAUGACAAACAAUACUUGUUAAACAAUGCAGUAGACUUUGAUAAAAUUAAAUACAACAACUCUACAUCACUUUCAUUUGAACUUUAUAACUAUGUUCAUACUGUUUGUAGAAAUUGGUUAAAAGAAAAGAUACAAAAUUCUAGAGCCCAAUACAAAAUCGUAUUUUCUCAUCACUGCCCAACAACGUCAUUGUCUAAAAAAAAAGACUCUCUAUUUAGUCUGUUUAGAAGUAAUGACGAAGAUUUAAUGAAAGGAGUUAAUCUUUGGGUUUAUGGACAUACUCAUUUUAAUAUAUCUCCAAAAUGGUUUGAGGAGACAUUGUUGGUAUCAAACCAAUUUGGCCAUUUUAAAGAGAAAGAUCAUACUGGCUGGAACCCUCAACAAACAACUAAUUCUGUAUGUCAGAGAGAACUCAAAUCACUUUACAAGGAAUAA